UGUCCAGGCGACAGGGGCUGGCAAAUAUUAAGGAAGGCACCUCAUUGGAGCUAGUGGAAGUGAGGGACAGUUGCUCAAUUUUAGAUUUAUUUCACAUCCAGGAGUCUGGCCUCCAGAUCGGCUUGUGCCCCACUGUCUAAGCAAAGAUUUUGGCCAGCCCGUCGCCUCGAGGGAGGAAGCUUGCUUUCUUUUGCAUCCCCCGGUGUUUGGUCCCCUCGACACCAGCGCGAGGCCGCGCAUCUCUGGUGCUGGUUCUUGGUCCCGUGGGAGCGACUGGGCUAGCGGGUGGGCGGGGCGCCGCGUCUCCAGCGCGCACAGGGUUAAGCGGCAGGGGCGGCGCGGAGAGGCGGGAGGGGGCGGCCGAGCUCCCGGGCUGAGAGCGCGGCGGCCACAGCCAGCAGCGGGUUAAGUACCGCCCGCGCCGAGAGAGCUGAACCCCGCCGCCGCUCCGAGCUCGCAUUCGGAUCCGCUAGAGCAGGAAGAUGGCGACGGACAGCGCGAGCUGCGAGCCCGACUUGUCCCGCACCCCGGGUGACACGGAGGGGGCCACGGCGGAGGCGGCGAAAAAGGAAUUUGAUGUGGACACGCUCAGCAAAUCAGAGCUGCGGAUGCUCCUUAGCGUGAUGGAAGGUGAACUAGAAGCCAGAGACCUGGUGAUUGAGGCCCUGAGGGCUCGCAGGAAGGAGGUGUUCAUCCAGGAACGGUAUGGGAGGUUUAAUCUAAAUGACCCCUUCCUGGCACUUCAGAGAGACUAUGAAGCAGGUCCUGGUGACAAAGAGAAGCCAGUCUGCACCAAUCCACUCUCCAUCCUUGAAGCUGUCAUGGCCCACUGCAGAAAAAUGCAAGAAAGGAUGUCCGCACAGCUGGUGGCCGCUGAGAGCAGACAAAAAAAGUUGGAGAUGGAAAAGCUCCAGCUCCAGGCCCUUGAACAGGAGCACAAGAAGCUGGCUGCCCACCUGGAGGAAGAGCGGGGCAAGAACAAGCACGUGGUCCUGAUGCUGGUGAAGGAGUGUAAGCAGCUCUCGGGCAAAGUCGUGGAGGAGGCCCAGAAGCUGGAGGAAGUCAUGGCGCAACUGGAGGAGGAAAAGAAAAAGACAAGUGAGUUAGAAGAGCAGCUCUCAGCUGAGAAACAGAGAAGCUCUGGAAUGGAAGCUCAGUUGGAGAAACAGCUCUCCGAGUUUGACACGGAACGGGAGCAGCUGCGCGCCAAGCUGAGCCGAGAGGAAGCACACACCACCGACCUCAAAGAGGAGAUAGACAAGAUGAAGAAAAUGAUGGAGCAAAUGAAGAAGGGAAGUGAUGGCAAGCCCGGCCUCUCCCUCCCACGGAAGACAAAAGAUAAGCGCCUGGCUUCCAUAUCUGUGGCAACAGAAGGGCCUGUGACAAGGUCCGUUGCUUGCCAGACAGAUGUAGUGACAGAAAGCACUGACCCUGUGAAGAAGUUGCCUUUGACUGUACCCAUAAAGCCUUCCACAGGGAGCCCCCUAGUUCCCACAAACACAAAAGGGAAUGUGGGCCCCAGUGCCCUGCUGAUUAGACCAGGUAUUGAUAGGCAGUCUUCCCACAGUGACUUGGGUCCCUCUCCACCUACUGCUCUACCUUCAAGUGCAAACAGAAUUGAGGAGAAUGGACCAAGCACAGGCAAUGCCCCUGAUCUAUCAAAUAGCACCCCCUCAACUCCUAGUAGCACUGCCCCUGCCGCUGCUCAGACACCAGGCACAGCACCCCAGAACCACUCACAAGCUCCUACUGUGCACAGUUUACAUUCACCAUGUGCCAACACUCAUCCAGGCCUCAACCCACGCAUCCAAGCAGCUAGAUUCAGAUUUCAGGGCAAUGCAAAUGACCCAGACCAGAAUGGAAAUAACACUCAAAGCCCUCCCUCGAGAGAUGUCUCUCCUACGAGUCGUGACAACCUAGUAGCCAAGCAGCUAGCUCGGAAUACUGUGACCCAAGCGCUGUCCAGAUUUACCAGCCCUCAAGCGGGUGCUUCUUCAAGACUUGGAGUAUCUCCAGGAGGGGACGCUGGCACCUGCCCUCCAGUUGGUCGAACCGGUUUAAAGACUCCCGGGGCAGCAAGAGUUGACAGAGGAAAUCCUCCUCCUAUCCCUCCCAAAAAGCCAGGGCUCUCCCAAACUCCUUCUCCGCCACACCCCCAACUGAGGGCCUCCAAUGCAGGGGCCAAAGUUGAUAACAAAAUUGUGGCUUCACCUCCCUCUACUUUGCCACAAGGGACCAAGGUAGUAAAUGAGGAGAACGUCCCUAAGUCGUCCUCCCCUCAGCUGCCACCAAAACCGUCCAUAGAUUUAACUGUGGCACCUGCAGGCUGUCCCGUUUCGGCCCUGGCCACGUCUCAGAAAAUACAAAAGGUAAAAUGUACCAGAGAGGAGCCUUCUUGCUGGUCACCCUCCCUAACCCCUUUGCUAAUGAGUGGUGGUCCUGCCCCCCUGGCUGGCAGGCCCACCCUUCUUCAGCAAGCUGCUGCCCAGGGAAAUGUCACUUUAUUAUCAAUGCUGCUUAAUGAAGAAGGACUGGACAUAAAUUACUCCUGCGAAGAUGGCCAUUCUGCCUUGUAUUCUGCUGCUAAGAAUGGACAUACAGACUGUGUGCGAUUGCUGCUGAAUGCAGAAGCCCGAGUCGACGCUGCUGAUAAAAAUGGCUUCACACCCUUGUGCGUCGCAGCUGCUCAGGGACAUUUUGAAUGUAUAGAAUUACUAACUGCAUACAAUGCCAACAUUAAUCACUCUGCUGCUGGAGGACAGACACCUUUGUACUUGGCCUGUAAAAAUGGAAAUAAGGAAUGUAUCAAACUCCUGCUGGAAGCUGGCACUGACCGGAGCAUAAAAACCAGAGAUGGCUGGACGCCAAUUCACGCAGCUGUGGACACUGGUAAUGUGGACAGCCUCAAGCUCCUGAUGUACCAUAGAGUGCGAGCCCAUGGAAACUCUUUGAGUUCAGAAGAGCCCAAGUCAGGCUUGUUCAGCUUGAAUGGAGGAGAGAGCCCUACGGGUCCAUCUAAGCCUGUGGUUCCUGCAGACCUAAUUAACCACGCUGACAAAGAAGGCUGGACUGCUGCCCACAUUGCUGCCUCCAAAGGUUUCAAGAACUGCCUAGAAGUCUUGUGUAGGCAUGGAGGACUAGAGCCGGAAAGGAGAGACAAGUGCAAUCGGACUGUGCACGAUGUUGCCACUGAUGACUGCAAGCAUUUGCUGGAGAAUCUGAAUGCUCUUAAAAUACCCUUAAGGAUUUCCGUGGGUGAGAUUCAACCAAGCAACGAUGUUUCUGACGACUUUGAAUGUGAACAUACGAUAUGCACUUUAAAUAUCCGCAAACAGACAUCAUGGGAAGAUUUUUCCAAAGCAGUGAGUCAGGCUCUGACAAAUCAUUUCCAAGCCAUCUCUUCUGAUGGAUGGUGGAGUCUGGAAGAUGGGACAUUUAAUAAUGCUACUGACUCCUGCAUCGGUCUUGGCACCAGCAGUAUACGAUCCAUCAUGUUAGGAAGUAUGCCGUGGUCAACUGGUCAGAGCUUCUCCCAGUCCCCGUGGGACUUCUUGAAAAAGAAGAAGGUGGAGCAGGUCCUGGCGCUCUUGUCAGGUCCCCAAGAAGGCUGCCUCAGUAGUGUGACUUACGCAUCCAUGAUCCCACUUCAGAUGCUGCAGAACUACCUCAGGCUGGUUGAGCAAUAUCAUAAUGUCAUUUUCCAUGGACCAGAAGGAAGCUUGCAAGACUACAUAGCAAAUCAGCUUGCCCUCUGCAUGAAGUACAGACAGAUGGCUGCAGGAUUCCCCUGUGAAAUAGUGAGAGCCGAGGUGGAUUCGGGUUUCUCCAAAGAGCAGCUAGUAGACGUGUUCAUCAGGAAUGCUUGUCUCAUCCCAGUGAAGCAGUUCCCUGUUAAGAAGAAAAUAAUCGUCAUCUUGGAAAAUUUGGAAAAAUCUUCAUUGUCUGAGUUACUGGGGGACUUUCUGGCACCUUUGGAAAAUCGCAGCACUGAAAGCCCCUGCACUUUCCAAAAAGGAAAUGGAACAUCCGAAUGCUAUUAUUUCCAUGAGAACUGCUUUCUGGUGGGAACCAUUGCCAAAGCCUGUCUCCAGGGCUCUGACCUGCUGGUACAGCAACACUUCCGCUGGGUUCAGCUGCGCUGGGAUUGCGAGCCCAUUCAAGGAUUGCUUCAGAGGUUCUUACGAAGGAAAGUCGUCAGCAAGUUCAGAGGUCAGCUGCCUGCACCCUGUGAUCCUGUAUGUAAGAUUGUGGACUGGGCUCUGUCUGUCUGGAGGCAGCUCAACUCCUGUCUGGCCCGCUUGGGUACACCAGAAGCACUUCUUGGACCAAAGUAUUUCCUGUCGUGUCCAGUAGUCCCGGGACAUGCCCAGGCAACAGUGAAGUGGAUGUCUAAGCUGUGGAAUGCUGUCAUUGCUCCCAGAGUUCAAGAAGCAAUAUUGUCAAGAGCCUCCAUGAACAAACAACCUGGUACUGGGCAGACAGCUUCUAAGAAGUACCCUAGCCAAGGACAGCAGGCUGUGGUGAGGGCCGCCCUCAGCAUUCUGCUUAAUAAAGCGGUUCUGCAUGGCUGUCCCCUUCCCAGGGCAGAGCUGGAUCAGCAGAUCGCAGACUUCAAAGGGGGCAGUUUUCCUCUGUCAAUAGUGUCAAGUUAUAGCAAAAAGAAAGUGGAGAGCGGCGCCUGGAGAAAGGUGAACACCAGUCCUCGAAAGAAGCCUGGGCACUUCUCCUCACCCACGUGGAACAAGCCAGACCCGAAGCGUGAAGGUAUGAGGAACAAGACUAUACCACACCUGAAUACUAACAGGAACUCCUCUCUGUCGAAGCAACAGUCCUUAGAGAAUGAUCUAUCUGUGACAUUGACUUUGGACCACAGACUCUCUUUGGGUUCAGAUGAUGAAGCAGAUCUGGUCAAAGAACUCCAGAGUAUGUGUUCCAGCAAAUCUGAGUCUGAUAUAAGUAAGAUUGCUGAUUCCAGGGAUGACUUGAGGAAGUUUGAUAGUUCAAGAACCAACCCUGGGACUUCAGCACCUCUUAACCUGAGGACACCAGUGCCACAGAAGGAAGCCAGUCCUCCCAGCAGCCGUCAAACUGCCGAAUGCAGCAACAGUAAAUCAAAGACUGAGAUGGGUGUCUCAAGCGUUAAAUCUUUUCUUCCUGUUCCUAGAAGCAAAGUCGCUCAGUGUUCCCAGAACACCAAAAGAAACAGCAGCAGCAGCAAUACAAGGCAACUAGAAAUCAACAACAACUCCAAAGAAGAGAAUUGGACCUUAGACAAACACGAACAAGUAGAAAAACCAAACAAAUAGGCCUGCCUACACCACCUACUACAACAUGAUCACCUAACUUCUUUUGUAUAUUCCAUGCAGAGACCAAGACAAAGAAGAUGUAAAUAACUUCAAAUGAAUAAAACCAUUUUUUCCUGUAAUAUAAAGGAGGCGUGCGGGACCACUAUUCAGCUUUUUGUAAAGAAUGUAUUUAUAACCUCACAUUUUUUUUCCUGUUACUUCUAUAAGACUAAACUUCGAACCCAUGAAGUGAUGGCAACUUUCCAAGUAGUUUUUAUAAUAGAAACCUUGUAAUAAUUUUAACCAAGAUGUUCAGGGGUAUUAAAGCAGAUGUUUCUGUGUACUGUAUAUUGCUACCUGUACAUAUGUACAUAUAUGUAUAUUUAUGGAAGUUACAUACAUGUGUACAAGAUUGGUGUAGAUGAAAUGUGCCAUUUUGAAUGGAGAUGAUAAUUUUUAUGUUCAUCUGAUGGGGAACAAUGCGAAUGGGGCAAUAACAAGACAUUUCUAAACAGUUAUUUUCCAUUAAAAGCCAUACAAAGUAUUUUGCCUGUUAAAAUUCUAGUUUUACAUUUUGAAUCUUUUAGUGGUUACAUUGCCAUCUGGUUGCAUCAUGUAUAUAUAUAUUUACUCUUCUGAGUUUGCAUUUAUGACUUGUAAAAUAUAAAAUUAUACUGCAAUAAAAGUGUUAUCUUUCUUACAAAACUUUUGUACCUAAGUGGAUAUAAAAGUUAUCUGCACAAAGAAAGACGUCGAUUAAAUGAAUUUGGAGUUAACGCCUUCAAUAUAUUUCUAAUAACACACUGAUAAUAAAACUAAUAUUUUCUAGAAGUGUGUCUUAUAAAUAAAUGGUGAAAUUAUUGAUCCAAUUCACAGUUAAGGUACUUUGACACCAAAUAAAAUUUUGAAUUAGCAAAGUUA